AUGGUUGCGUUCUUGAGCAAGCCCGCACUUCGGAAACUGCAGUGCUUUUCUGCACAAGUCUUCGCUAUUGGACAUGAUGCAGAAUGUUGCCAGAUGCAACUUCAGCUGCCUGGGGACUACGUUAUUGGAGGACUGUUUCCGAUUCAUGUUGAAUCGUACAGGAACCACUCAAAGCCAGAGGUUCCCAUGUGUAAGAUGUUUUCCGAUAAUGGGUAUAUACUGUUUGAAACCAUGAGGUUCGCAGUCGAGGAGAUAAACAACUCGAGCUCUCUUCUGCCAAACGUCAGUCUGGGGUAUGAGAUAUUUGAUGAUUGUGCAAUUACCAUCGAUAUCCAGGGAUCAUUUGCUUUUGUGUCAAGGCCUCCAGAACAUGUGGUGAAAACAGACCAGUUUGAUCGCAGAUACCAAUCUUUAGCCUCAGUCCUGAUUGGUCCAUUAAAAUCAGAUGCUGCUAUCAUCACAGCCAACAUUGUCAGGUUGUUCGAUGUUCCUCAGAUUAGCUAUGGAGCCUCCAGCGAGGAACUGAGUGACAAGACAGAAUAUCCAAAUUUUAUGCGAACCAUCCCAAAUGAUGAGAAUCAGAUUGAAGCAAUUGUUCUAUUGAUCCAGAAGUUUCGGUGGAAUUGGAUCACAGUGAUUGGAAGCAGCAGUGACUAUGGGGAGACUGGAAAACGCAAAGUUAUCUCGAGUGCCACUGCAGUGGGAAUCUGUGUGGCAUCUUAUGGCACAAUCCCACAGCAUGAAUCAGAGUCAAAGCAGGAAAUCAUCAACAUUAUUGACACCAUCACUGCCAAUAAUGUCAAUGUUGUCGUCAUGUUCGCUGACGUCCAGGAUGCAGAACAUUUCUUCCAGGUGGUGGUGGCUAUGAACAUCACUGGAAAAGUCUGGAUUUUAAGUGAAGCUAUAUCUAUCAAGAGAAGACUUUCAGAAAUUCCCAACAUUAAGAGAAUUGGCACUAUCUUAGGGAUUGCUGUAAUGCAGGGCCACAUGCCAGGAUACAAUGAAUUUGUAUUAAGGGAUAUCAUUACUUUAAAUUCUAGUAUCAAUCAAAGCAUGAACUACACUGAUCCACAGGAGGAAAGGCGAGACUGCACAGAUAAUACCUUCAUGGCCACCUACAACCAAUGCGUCCCAUGCAAGACUGAUGGUGUCAAAUCACUAUUGGAGUAUUCAGAGUGGCGCAUUGAGUUUAAUGUGUACUCUGCUGUGUAUGCUGCAGCCCAUGGUCUACAUCAAUUACUUCAAUGUGAUUCAGGAAACUGCAAGAAGGAAGGUGCCUUACCAUGGCAGCUUCUUGAAACUCUGAAGAGAAUCAAUUUUUCCCUUAACGGAGUGCCAAUUUCUUUUGAUGAGAAUGGAAACCCUCCAACAGGAUAUGACAUCAUUUACUGGGAUUGGAAAAAUGAGGUCGUUUCCUUCACAGUGAUUGGAUCAUACAAGUCCAAACCUGGACGGCUUCAAAUUGAUGGCUCCUUGAUCAAAUGGAAUUCACAAGAAGGCAAGAUUCCUACUUCAAACUGUUCCGUGGAAUGUGAACCUGGCCAGAUAAAAGUUACCGUUGGUUUCCAAACAUGUUGCUUCAUAUGCAAGGAUUGCGUUGAGGGAACAUUCCAGAAUGAAAGUGAGUGUAUACCUUGCGACUUAAACCAGUGGUCACCCUCAAAGAGCACGAUUUGCCAUAAUAGAUAUACGGUAUACCUGAGAUGGAAUGAGAAUAUUUCUAUUGUGAUAGCUUUGGUAACAGGAUUUGGACUGAUACUGAAAGUAUUGAUUGGUGCCACCUUUGUCAGUUAUUUUGACACCCCCAUUGUCAAGGCUGCAGGAGGGAAAUUGUGCUUUGUCCUUUUAUUGGCAUUAUUCGUCAGCUGCAGCAGUGUGUAUUCCUUCAUUGGGGAACCUGGUCCUGGGAUUUGUAUCACUCGGAAGCUGUUAUUUACAGUGGGCUACACAAUUUGCCUGGCAUGUCUACUCGUGAGAUCUUUUCAGCUUGUGCUCAUCUUCAAAAUGGCUAGCAAGUUGCCAAAAGCUUAUAAUUAUUGGGUUAAAUACAAUGGGCAGUACAUCUUUAUAUUUACAAUGACUGUUAUUGAGAUCAUAUCAUCCUUCUCAUGGAUAUUCUCUAAGAUUCCAAUUUUUGAGAGGAUCAAUGAUAUUUCCAAAACUGAAAGCAUUCUGAUGUGUGGUCCCACAAAUCUUCUUUAUUCACUCCUGUCUGUUUGUGGACCUGUUUUUCUCUGUUUGCUUUGCUUUAUGUUUUCCUACCUGAGUAAGGAUCUUCCCAAAAACUACAAUGAGGCUAAAUAUAUCACCUUCAGCAUGGCAGUGGUCUUGAUUUCCUGGAUCUUCCUGUUUUUGGUGAUUUUCUCCAGUCCGAACAAUUUUAUAUCUCGUAUCGAAGCAGCUGUCGUUCUUCUGAAUACCUAUUCCAUCACUGUCGGAUAUUUCUUACCAAAAUGUUACAUCAUUCUCCUCAAACCAGAGCGCAACACCACUGCGUUUUUCCAAACAUGUAUCCAACAAUACACCAGGAACAGGGAAACUCCUCAACCAUAGCAUUUAUCAAAUUUGGUGUCCUUCACAUCAUCGAUCAUGGCUUUCCGGGUUUCUCAUAGAGUCAUAGAGAUGUA